UUCAUUUUUGCUAACCAUUGUGAAUUCUUAGCUGCGACUACAUUCUUUUCUUCAGGUAUGAUGUAUCGUUCACUUGCAGAGUUUUGAUUUUGAUGACCGUUUCGCUGUCCCAGGUUUUACCGUUCUGUUUUGGUAUGAAACGUUUGUAUUUGCAGUUUGCUUGUGAUCUAAAAUAGUUUGCAUUCUAAUUGGGCAAUUCGUAAAACCGUGGCACAACAACUGUAUGUUUUAUCCAAAAUCAGUCGCAAUCUGGGAAAUGGCUGAAAAUUUAGUCUCAAAGAGAGUGAAGGGGGUGACGUUUUCGUAUCCCGAAAGCCUCGAUCAAGCCGUGCCACAAAUGCAGUGAAUCGGAUGAGCGCGUGUCACAGGCUGCUUCGCAAACCACGAUGCAAUUUCACCCCGAUGGUCCUGCGUAUAAUGUGUCAGCUGUUGAUCUGGAAUUCCUUGGGCAUUUGGAUAAGGGACAAUACGGUUCCGUCAAUAAAUACCGGCAUGCAGCGUCCGGCUACGUUAUGGCCGUCAAGGUGAUAAAAUUGACCGAUGACCCCGAAAAAAUGAAGUGUUUGAGAAAGGAUCUGGAAGUGAAUAGCGACAUUAGGCAGCGUUAUGGGAAAUGUCCUUACCUAGUGCAUUCUUUUGGCGAUUUGUUCUGGGAGGGCGAAUUAUGGAUCUGCAUGGAGCUAAUGGAUACGUGUCUUGAAAAGUUCUACAAGAGCGUAUUUAGAUUGAACCAGCGGCUACCGGAAGACGUCAUUGCCUACAUUGCAUAUGCUGUGGUACAUGGACUGACGUUUUUGAAGGAAGAUUUGGAUAUUAUGCAUCGCGACGUGAAGCCUAGCAACAUUUUGGUAUCACGGAACGGCGGAAUAAAACUAUGUGAUUUUGGCAUCAGUGCCAAACUGGUGAACUCAUUGGCAAAAACGCACAUUGGUCAUGAUCUCUACAUGCCGCCUGAACGAGUUAAUCCAAACUCGCCAACGGAUGAGAAGCGGUACGAUAUUCGAUCGGAUGUCUGGAGUGUCGGCAUUACUCUGGUUGAGAUCGCAACUGGGAAGCAGCCUUUUGAAAACGGCAGCCUUUUCAGCCGAAUUAGUCAGAUUGUGGAAGGAGAGGCGCCCAAUUUACCCAAAGAAUCGCCAUAUUCAGAUGAUUUGCGCAGUUUUAUCGCUUCGUGUUGUAAAAAAGAUGUUAACGAAAGACCGAAGUAUGCGGAUCUGUUGGCCAUGACGUUUUUGAACGAAGGACGAAAACCUUGUGAUAUCAGCGUUUAUGUGCAGUCCAUUCUAGGUCCUCCAUCCGAGCCGACUGCUUAGAAGCUGUGAUUAGAUAAAUUGUGCUGCUUCAUAAAGUCUAAGAAUUCCUAAGAUUUUUUGUGCAUAUAUUUUUGUUUUUAGUUACGCUUUUGUGGCAUACUCAGCGCUAGAGGUCUGAGUUUUUCGUAACAGGUAAAUAUUUGAGUUUUUAAGGUGAUGCACAGUUGCACAACGCGCAAGUGUAGACUGCGCCGGCUCGCCAUUUAUACUGUGUUUUUAAAUCUUUAAUGUGUUAUCGUAUUUAAUUGUGAGUGAAUUUUGUGAGCGAAGACAACUCCUUAGAUAUUACGAUAGAAUGAACCGGUAAACCUAGAAAUUUAUUUUUUUACGUAUUACGAGGUGCUUUGUAAGAGCAUAUGCGUACUUAUUUUACUGCACCUCUCAAGUUUCACACUAGUUGGAGUGACUGUAUGAACUAUGAGAUCGGUUUUAGUCUCACGUUUGGGCUUCCCUAGUAUUAUUGUUAUUGGCGAUAAUGAGCGUACGGUGUUUGCACAGAAUGAAUUGCGCAAUAGCGAAAGUUUUGCUUUGCAGUGUUAGUAAAACUGAAGUCACAAAAUCGCACGGUAAUCUAUAUUUUCCCUUGCCCAAAUAAAUUUUUCCAUAAUGCUUCCUACUAUAAUGUUAGUUGUGCUAACAGAAGAAAACCAUAAAUUAACGAAUGAUGCAUGUUAUGGUAAAUUGUUAAUAUUUAUUAUCUGUCAGAUCAAUGUUAGUCAAACGUACUUACACCAAGUACUAUAAUUAUUGUACCUCAUAAUUAUUUAAAUGCAGCUUCAACAGGUGCGAGG